AUGGCCUCAGUAGCAGCAUGGUUACCAUUUGCUCGUGCGGCUGCUAUAGGAUGGGUACCGAUUUCAAGGCAGCCUAUGCCUACAGCGCCUAUAGCUAUACAGGCAAAAGAUUUAGCUGUUGAUCAUGUAUCCGAUGAGAAGCUCUUAAUCAAUAUCUCUGGAAGACGUUUCGAAACGUGGCGUAAUACGCUUGAAAAAUAUCCUGAGACAUUGCUUGGUUCAAGUGAGAAAGAAUUCUUUUAUGACGAAGAGACAUGUGAAUAUUUCUUUGAUCGGGACCCGGAUAUUUUUCGAUUCAUUCUGACAUUCUACAGGACUGGUAAACUUCAUUAUCCAAAGAAUGAAUGCCUCGUUGCGUACGAUGAGGAGUUGUCGUUUUUCGGUAUAAUGCCAGAUCUGAUAAGUGAUUGUUGUUAUGAGGAUUAUAAAGAUAAAAAACGGGAAAACCAAGAACGUUUAAUUGAGGAGCAAUUGGAAUGCGUUGAUAAAACGAAACGAACUGUAUCGUUGCAGCAAAAAAUGUGGGCAGCAUUCGAGAAUCCGCAUACGUCCUCAGUGGCAUUGGUGUUCUAUUAUGUAACUGGAUUUUUUAUUGCUGUUUCAGUGAUGUGUAACAUAAUUGAAACAAUACCUUGUAAAUAUAUGGCCGACGAUUUGACUAUUUCGUGUGGGGAUUUAUAUGAAAGACAGUUCUUCGUGCUCGACACAGCCUGUGUGAUAAUAUUUACAGUGGAGUAUUUAGCACGUUUAUUCGCAGCACCAGAUCGCAUCAAGUUUUUGCGUUCAAUAAUGAGUGUUAUCGAUGUGGUUGCUAUAUUGCCGUACUAUAUUGGCCUGGGUCUAACCAAUAAGAAGGACGUGUCUGGUGCAUUUGUUACAUUACGUGUCUUUCGUGUAUUUCGGAUAUUCAAAUUCUCGCGUCAUUCUCAAGGACUUCGAAUACUCGGUUAUACACUUAAAUCGUGCGCUAGUGAAUUAGGAUUUCUGGUCUUUUCGUUAGCAAUGGCUAUUAUCAUAUUUGCAACAAUUAUGUAUUAUGCUGAAAAAAAAGUUGUUGAUACACGAUUCACUUCAAUUCCAGCAGCAUUUUGGUAUACGAUUGUUACGAUGACUACACUGGGUUAUGGAGAUAUGGUACCAGCGACAGUGAUGGGUAAGGUAGUAGGAGGUGUUUGUUCAUUGAGUGGUGUACUAGUCAUUGCUCUUCCCGUUCCAGUUAUUGUCAGCAAUUUUUCACGUAUAUAUCAUCAGAAUCAACGCGCCGAUAAACGAAAGGCACAAAAGAAAGCACGUCUUGCACGAAUACGUAUAGUAAAGAAUGCAUCUGGUCAAGCGUUAUUCAGUAAGAAGAAGGCACAUGAGGCACGAAUGCAAGCUUUUGAAGAAGGAUUGAUCGGUUUGAAUGCACUCAAGGACGAGGACAUCUUCCAGAUACAACAUCAUCAUCUCUUGCAGUGUCUCGAACGAGCUACGGAAAGAGAACUGAUCGAAACAGAAUCGGGUGCAUACGAUGGUGAUAUGAAAUUGAUACCAGAAUUGAGAAGAAUCAUAUCAAAUGAGAAUAUACACACAACCCUCAGUAAUAAUAAUAGUAGUAACAAUAUUAAUAAUAGAAAUGCACAUAAAUGGGCUGUGACCGGUUGCUGUGUGGGAAAUAGACAUGAAGACUGUGACGGUGGUGAUGAAGAUACUCAUCAUAUUGUUUCGUCGUAUAAGGAUGAUAUUGGACUGAAUCGAAACAGUGAGAGUGAUAACGAUGAAUGGAUUGAAUCGAGAAAUCGAACCAAUUUGAAUAUGGAUUAUUCCACUCAUAAAGCGUGUUCUGUGAAAUCAAACAAUGAAUCUAACAAUAAUACAGAAAGUGCACCUCAACAUUCGCUACAUACCAGUAUUUGUAUAUCAAGUCUUUGA